AAUUGACAAAUUGUCUUUAGCUCCGAGGUUGGAAUCCUCUUGACAAGUGUAAAUUCAUAAAGUUGUUGCGAUUGAUUCUCUUUAGUUGUGUUGUGUCACCCUCCACUAGUGUAGGAUUAUUAAUCGCUAAGUAAACAACUUUAUAAACCCAAGCACGGAAACGACUUUCUUCUACGCCUUCUCCCCAUUCCCUUCCCUGAUAUCACAGUGCAAUCAAGACCAACGCUCCUUCUUCAUAGCUCAAAGCCAAAAUCAACGGCGGUGAACGACGUUCCUUCUUCAUCUCUUUUUUUGAGUGACGAAUUGUGGAGCUGGAGACUUAACAAAAAGUAUGGAAUGUAGUGUGAUGUAUGAUAACAAGAUGGUGCAAUGGAUAAAUCUUCCUAAAGAGUUAUGGUUAGUUAUAGCAAAAAAUCUCAACACUACUCUUGAUGUUGUUCGAUUUCGUAGUAUCUGUCGUUUAUGUCGCUCUCUUGUCCCUUCUCCUUCCUCUCAUACACCUCGCAUUCCAUAUCUUAAAUAUUUUCUACACCAAACUAAAAUAUACCGCAUUGAACCAGCAUCACAUCACCUCUUGUCAACUUCAACUUCUUCUAAUAAAGGGUGGCUCAUCAAACUUGUUCAGGAUUAUACUUCCUCCAAACUUUUUCUCUUUGAUCUUUUCGAUCCUAAGACAUAUCCAUCCCAGGAGAAAACUAGCCAAAAUGUAUCAUCCCAGGAGAAAACUACCCAAAAAGUAUUGAAUUUGAUGAACUAUCGAUUUGUGGAGUUGUUUGAAGGAUAUACUCUCAGUCAUGAUUUCUUUAGAUAUCAAGGUGGUGAUUUUCAGUAUGCACCGGUUAGUGGUUGUAAAGCAAUCUUGUUUCGUCAUCACAUUAUUUUUGCACUGCAUAGUGAUAAAAAAGUGCAUGUUUGCAAUAUUGGAGAUAUGAAAACGACCGUAAUAAUGGAUGAUGAUGAUGUAUACAUGGGUUAUGAUGAUAUAAUUCUUCACAGGGAACAACUUUAUGUUGUGGAUGAAAACGGGACAAUUUUCUGGAUCAAUCCUUUGACUUUGAAGUUGGUUCAGUUUUCACCAAAGUUGUACUGUUGUGAUAGGAAUAAGAAGCACAUAUGGGUGAAAUCUGAUAAAAAGAAGAAGCAGUUAGUAGAAUAUGAUGGAAAUCUCUAUGUGGUUGAUUUGUAUAUUAAUGAUAAAAGCUAUCAUAAGCAAUAUUUAUACAAGGUUGUUUUUGUGAAAAUUUAUAAGCUUGAUCAAGAAUGGGGUAAAUGGUUUGAUGUGCCAGAUCUGGGUGAAGCUUUGUUUGUUUUGGGUAGAGACUCAAACUUUUCAUUGAUAGCUCAAGACUAUUAUGGAUGUCAAAGAAAUUGCAUUUACCUCUUUUCUAAAGGCAAGGCCUAUUGUUUCAAUUUGGAGAAUUCAAGGUGUAAGCCUGCCAACAGCUUUUGGCCUUGCCCAACUUUGUUCAAUCCUAUGAUCAAAUAAUUUGUAAGCAUAAAGCUGAUGACUUGUAAUUGUGGUGACUUUUAAAUGGAAGCCCACUUUUUAAUGAUCGGUAUGAUUUGCUGCUUUGGAUAAAAAAUUGUUUCAACAUUAGGUGACAUGACAUAUAUUUAUUCAGUUAUUGAUGAAUAAUAAAUAAUGCAGUUUGUCUUAUAUCUUGGUUGACAUGCUUUCUAUGGAAGAAAAAAAACUCUUAUUUUACCACCUCACAAGUGAAUCAACAUUAAUAUUCAAAUUGAGAAGGAUUAUAAGCCACGUUGUAUGGAAAAUGUUCAUGUGGAAAAAUUAGAAUAGCUGAAGAACCUCUAAUAUCGAAAGCAGCACAGUCAUAAGCUCUUGCAGCUUCAUUGGCAGUAGCAACAUGUUUAGCUGAAUCUCGAAUCUCUGCAACAAAUUUUCCCUAUACUUUGAUUUUCUUUUGUAAUUCCCCUUCCCUCACCUCUUCCAUUGUGUUGUGUAUGGUGAAAACAUUAAACUUCAACGGCUUUAUCAUCAAUGAUCCAUCUUGUCUUACGCCAUAUGGUUCUUAGAUAUCAAAACAGAACUUGGUGGCUUUU